AUGUUUCUGGCAGCGUUUGCAUUCGCUGUGCUCUGUAUCUUACCUCUUUGCGUGUCUGUUUCGUCGUCGCGGUUACACAUUGGCGUUUUGGGCGCCACGGAAGUCGGUUAUAGGCAUAGAACCACUCACAAUUUUGCACAUUGCAAUCUAAAUUCGCACCUGGGUUCGUCGGCAUCCUUGCAGGGGUGCGAUGGCGCGAUUGCUAGGGGCUUGCGCGGUCACUGCGCCUUCCUUGCGAAUACCGGCGCCUUCCGCGAUAAAAAGGGUUUGAAAAGGAAGGAUGUUAUACACGGUAACGAUGGUUAUGUAGAGGAAGACCCGGGUGAUGUUGGAGUCGAUGUGUCGUCGAUGCCAUCCGCUGCAUCGACACGCGAGCGGAUAAAAUCGUUAAGUGAUCAGCUUGCGUCAGCUAGAGACCAUCGCGAAAGGGUACAUGUUCUGGCAUCUAAUGGCGCUAUCCUUUAUAAAGGCGCUCCGGAACCGUCAGUAUUGACGAAACCGCCGCUGAGUUUAUCUGAGAGCAAGUGUUUCCGUUUGCCUGAUUCCGGGCAGGUGUCUAAUACCUCCCGCAACUAUUUCCUGUUCCAACCUCCCUGUGAAGUGGAUUAUAAGCUGGUGUCUGGAUGUGUGUCAUCGAUUUUUGUCGCCGUCCAUGUGGACAGUUACGGUCUGGUGCAUGUGGACGGGACGUCCGAUUCGCUCAUAACCAAGGCAACCCUGGCGCUCAUACUCGAUGCUGUGGAACUCAAGCAGUCUGCUGAAGUGCUGGGUAUGCGCGCAUGUGACGUCGGUCACGAGUCAACGCUCUCUGGCCUGGGUUUCAUGAAACAUGAUGGAGUCGGCACAAUCUUAAACCACAUCAGGUCGGAGGUUAGGUCCCAAUCUGAUCGACUGAACGUCGUGAGAAGGUCACAACGUCACUCAAGUAAAAAGUAUUCUAAAAGGGUGGCAGCGUUGUUGAGCGGCGGGGUGGACUCGUCAGUUGCUCUGUGGCUAUUGAAAUCCCGCGGUUACGACGUAGAAGCAUUCUACUUGAAGGUAUGGGGCGUGGAGAAGGCCGAGGACACAGGAAACUGCGAGUGGGCUACUGACGUGGAUUACGCCAUGAACGUGUGCUCUAUGCUGGAUGUACCGCUGCACAUACUACCGUUCCAGGACCUUUACCACGAGCAGGUACUACGCCCAUUCGUUGAAGGCACGAGAUUGGGCAAAACUCCGAACCCCGACGUUUGCUGCAACGAAUUCAUCAAAUUCGGAGCAUUUGCAGACUACGCGACGCGUUGGGGCUUCAGCCACGUCGCAUCAGGCCACUACGCGUCCGUUGUUGAAGACCUGUGCAAAACCGACCAUCCAGGUUACGCCUCUGACGCCACACCCGGGCCAUACAGCGAGCGCAUAACUCGGUUAAACCUUUGCAAGGACCUAAAGAAGGACCAGACGUACUUCCUCAGCCGUUUGACCCAACGUCAGCUGCGGCACGUCAUUUUUCCCCUAUCCCGAUUGCUUAAGGUUGAGGUGAGAGAGAUUGCCCGAACACUUGGAUUCAUGAACUACGCACGCAAGGACUCAGUAGGGCUCUGCUUUUUGGGAAAGGUGGAUGUCCGCUCAUUCCUGGCCGAGCGCCUGGGCCAGAUACCGGGACCCAUAGUGGACUAUGAUAGCGGGGAAUGCAUCGGCGAACACCCGGGCCUCUACCACUUCACGGUGGGCCAGAGGGAGGGCAUUGCACAAUACCUAAGCUCGGUGCGCGAGACCCAUCGCGCCCGCUACGUGGUCCGCAAGGAUGUAGCGACGAAUACGUUGUACGUGACUUCGAGCUAUCACUGCGGAAGGUACGUUACAGAAGGGGGCGUGCGCCGCCGCUUCGAGAUAAGCGAUUUGACGUGGACAGUGCCAGAUUUUUCUAGACACAUAACAUGCGAAGGGGCGCCCCUGUUGUCCUUGAAGCUGCGCCACUCCCCUGCUUUGGCACGAGGUGUUAUCCAGUUUGACGAUCCCAAGAAUCCUACUCGCGCGUCGGUCAACCUUGACCGCGCCGACGUUGGCGUGGCAAGCGGCCAGUACGCUGCAUUUUACGCAGGCGACGAAUGUAUCGGUGCGGGAAAGAUGGUAGCCAGCGUUACAUAA